GAGAGAGAGAGGGAGAGGGGGAGAGAGAGAGAGAGAGCGCCUCCCCGGGGCCCGCGGGAGUGGAGAAGCCGCGGCAGAGAUGGCGGAUCGCGGCCUUGAGAUGUGCGCCCUUCCCCGGGAGGUGAGGGACCAUCUCGCGGAGCUCGAGCUCGAGCUCUCGGAGGGGGAUAUCACACAGAAGGGAUAUGAGAAGAAACGAGCAAAGCUCCUGGCUCCCUACAUCCCACAGCUUCAAGGGGUUGACCCGGCUCUGCAGAGCGAGCACAGAUACCAGAAACCGCCUGCUUCCUCCACACCCGUUGCUUCCUCUUCCAAAUAUCAUCGAGGCCGGUCCGGGGGGACUCGGGAUGAGCGCUAUCGAUCUGAUAUUCACACAGAAGCAGUACAAGCAGCUCUGGCAAAACACAAAGAGCAGAAGAUGGCCCUGCCCAUGCCUACCAAGAGACGAUCAACAUUUGUCCAGUCACCAGUCGAGGCCUGCACCCCACCAGACACUUCCUCUGCGUCUGAGGAUGAGGGGUCGUUACGCCGACAGGGCAUCAUGGCAGCCUCCACGCACAGCUUCAUGAACACCGAGCUGUGGAUCAACAAGUCGGUCCAGGGCUCUUCCACCUCCUCGUCUGCCUCCUCCACGCUGUCUCACGGGGAGAGCAAGGGAGUGGGGGGCAUGCUGGCAGACGUAAUGGCACAUCCACGGAUAGUUGCAGAGAACCACUCUGCGCCUCCCGAUGUCACUUCCAUCUCCUCCUCUUCCUCGGAGCGAUCAAUGAACAUGGAGCAUCGACACUCAGGCUCUGCUAACCGGCUGUCCCAAGGCUUCAGCAAGCCAACCCUCAUGGACACUGCUAACGGUGUCCCAGUGAAUAGCCGUGUCUCGACCAAAAUCCAGCAGCUGCUGAACACACUGAAGCGGCCGAAGAGACCUCCACUCAAGGAGUUCUUUGUGGAUGAUUUUGAAGAGAUUGUUGAAGUUCCACAGCCAGACCCUAAUCAGCCGAAACCAGAAGGCCGGCAGCUGACACCGGUGAAAGGGGAGCCGUUGGGAGUGGUCAGUAAUUGGCCUCCUGCAUUGGAAGCAGCUUUACAACGCUGGGGAACAACGCAGCCCAAAGCCUCCUGCCUGACAGCCCUGGACGCGACUGGGAAACCCGCCUAUACCCUGACCUACGGGAAACUGUGGAGCAGGAGCUUGAAGCUGGCCUACACACUGCUCAAUAAGCUGGGGGUAAAGAAUGAGUCUGUGCUGAAGCCUGGAGACAGGGUGGCUCUGGUUUAUCCCAACAGUGAUCCUGUCAUGUUCCUUGUGGCUUUUUACGGCUGUCUGCUGGCCGAAGUCAUCCCUGUGCCCAUUGAGGUACCUCUGACGAGAAAGGACACCGGUGGACAGCAGAUCGGUUUCCUCCUGGGCAGCUGUGGUGUGACUCUGGCUCUCACCAGCGAGAGCUGUCUGAAGGGACUCCCCAAAACGCAGAGUGCUGACAUCGUGCAGUUCAAAGGCUGGCCUCGGCUAAAGUGGGUUGUCACCGACUCCAAAUAUUUGUCCAAACCUUCCAAGGACUGGCAGCCCAACAUCCAGCCCGCUGGCAGUGAACCAGCGUACAUUGAGUACAAGACCAGUAAGGAAGGGAGUGUGAUGGGAGUGGCCAUCUCUCGAGUGGCUAUGCUGCUGCACUGCCAGGCUCUCACUCAGGCCUGCGGCUACAAUGAAGGCGAAACCCUGGUGAAUGUGUUAGACUUCAAGAAGGACGUGGGCCUCUGGCACAGUGUCUUACUGAGCGUGAUGAAUAAAAUGCACACAAUCAGCGUCCCCUACGCGGUGAUGAAGGGCUGCCCUCUCUCCUGGGUGCAGCGAGUCUAUUCCCACAAGGCAAAGGUGGCUCUGGUGAAAUGCCGAGACCUGCACUGGGCGAUGAUGGCUCACCGGGACCAGCGAGACGUCAACCUCAGCUCCCUCCGCAUGCUGAUUGUAGCAGAUGGAGCCAAUCCAUGGUCUGUUUCAUCUUGCGAUGCUUUCCUCAACGUCUUCCAGAGCCAUGGGCUGAAACCCGAGGUCAUCUGUCCAUGUGCCACUUCCCCAGAGGGGCUCACUGUGGCAAUCCGCAGACCAGGGCAACAUGGAGCACCGGUUCCUGGGCGAGCGAUUCUCUCAAUCGGCGGUCUGAGUUAUGGCGUAAUCCGAGUGAACACCGAGGAGAAGAACUCUGCUUUGACAGUGCAGGACGUGGGACAUGUGAUGCCUGGAGCGUUGAUGUGCAUUGUAAAGCCGGAGGGGUCUCCGCAGCUCUGUAAAACGGACGAAAUCGGCGAGAUUUGCGUGAGCUCUCGAGCAAGCGGAUGCAUGUACUAUGGACUUCCAGGAGUGACGAAAAACACCUUUGAAGUUAUCCCAGUGAACUCUGUUGGUGCUCCUACUGGUGAAUUUCCAUUUGUCCGAUCGGGAUUACUGGGUUUUGUGGGUCCGGGUAGCCUUGUCUUUGUGAUUGGCAAAAUGGAUGGCCUCCUUAUGAUCAGUGGAAGACGACACAAUUCUGAUGAUGUGGUAGCCACAGCCCUAGCGGUGGAGCCAGUGAAAACUGCUUACAGAGGCAGGAUCGCGGUAUUUUCCAUCACGGUGUUUUAUGACGAGCGGAUCGUGAUCGUGGUGGAACAGCGACCAGACGCUUCUGAAGAGGACAGUUUCCAGUGGAUGAGCCGCGUUCUGCAGGCCAUUGACAGCAUCCACCAAGUGGGCGUGUACUGUCUCGCCCUGGUUCCUGCCAACACACUCCCCAAAACGCCGCUGGGAGGCAUCCACAUCUCUCAGACUAAACAGCGCUUCCUAGAGGGAACCUUGCACCCUUGUAACAUCUUAAUGUGUCCUCACACCUGUGUGACAAACCUUCCAAAACCCAGACAGAAGCAGCCAGCCGGUGUGGGACCAGCAUCGAUGAUCGUUGGAAACCUGGUUGCUGGGAAGCGUAUAGCCCAGGCCUCUGGGAGAGACCUCGGCCUGAUGGAGGAAAAUGAGCUGGUAAGAAAGUUCCAGUAUCUGGCGGAAGUAUUACAGUGGCGGGCACACACGACACCUGAGCACCCUCUCUUUGUUCUACUCAAUGCCAAGGGAAUGCCUGCGAGCACCGCCACGUGUCUUCAGCUCCACAGGCGGGCGGAGAGGAUUGCCGCCGUUUUGUCCGACAAAGGCCACCUCAACGCCGGCGAUGUCGUCGUCCUUCUGUAUCCACCGGGCGUAGAGUUGAUCGCUGCUUUUUACGGUUGCCUGUACGCUGGCUGUAUUCCGGUCACCGUCCGUCCUCCUCAUCCUCAGAAUCUGUCUGCCACCCUUCCCACAGUCAAGAUGAUCAUUGAGGUCAGUAAGGCUGUCUGCACCUUAACAACACAAAUUAUGACAAAGCUUCUGCGUACUAAAGAGGCAGCUGCUGCAGUGGAUAUCAAGACAUGGCCGAUAAUCAUUGAUACAGAUGAUCUGCCCCGUAAGAGGACAUCAAACAUCUACAAACCUCCCACCCCGGAAAUGUUGGCGUACCUCGAUUUCAGCGUCUCAACAACGGGCAUGCUCACUGGCGUCAAGAUCUCCCAUGCUGCAGUUAGUGCUCUGUGCCGGGCGAUCAAGUUGCAGUGUGAGCUGUACUCAUCGCGACAGAUUGCUAUCUGUCUUGACCCCUACUGUGGCCUUGGCUUUGUUCUCUGGUGCCUCUGCGGCGUUUAUUCUGGCCAUCAGUCUAUCCUGAUCCCACCCCAGGAGCUGGAGACGAAUCUGUCACUCUGGCUCUCUGCCGUCAGUCAGUACAAAGUUCGCGACACAUUCUGCUCAUAUUCAGUGAUGGAAGUCUGCACAAAAGGACUCGGUAUUCAGACAGAAGGGCUCAAGACUCGGGGAGUUAACCUUGCUUGUGUUCGGACGUGCGUGGUGGUAGCUGAGGAACGAGCCCGAAUUGCACUGACGCAGUCCUUCUCUAAACUCUUCAAAGAUCUUGGUUUGUCUCCCAGGGCUGUCAGUACCACCUUUGGGUCCAGAGUUAACCUCGCCAUCUGCCUGCAGGGAACCUCAGGGCCUGACCCAACCACUGUAUUCUUGGAUAUGAAAGCACUUCGACACGACAGGGUGCGUCUUGUGGAACGAGGAGCCCCCCAGAGUCUUCCACUCAUAGAAUCUGGCAAGAUUCUACCUGGUGUCCGGGUGAUCAUAGUGAAUCCUGAAACCAAGGGUCCUUUGGGAGACUCGCACUUGGGAGAGAUCUGGGUCAGCAGUCCUCACAAUUCCAGCGGCUACUACACGAUCUAUGGAGACGAGAGCCUGCAGGCUGACCAUUUCAAUACCAGGCUGAGCUUCGGGGACGUGCAGACCCUGUGGGCCCGCACUGGCUACCUGGGAUUUGUCCGCAGAACAGAGCUGACGGAUGCCAGUGGAGAUCGACAUGAUGCACUUUACGUGGUUGGAGCUUUGGAUGAAACGCUGGAGCUGAGAGGCUUGCGUUACCAUCCCAUUGACAUUGAAACAUCAGUCUCCCGAGCGCACAGGGGCAUUGGUGAAUGUGCUGUGUUUACGUGGACAAAUCUGCUAGUGGUGGUCGCUGAGCUGAGUGGCUCUGAGCAGGAAGCACUGGACCUUGUGCCCCUUGUCACAAAUGUUAUCUUGGAGGAACACUACUUGAUCGUGGGAGUGGUGGUGGUAGUGGAUCCUGGAGUUAUUCCCAUUAAUUCACGUGGAGAAAAACAGCGAAUGCAUUUGAGAGACAGCUUCCUGGCCGACCAGUUAGACCCUAUCUAUGUUGCUUACAACAUGUAAUGCUGGUUGGACAGCCAGAGAUGCUGGCUUGAGCACAAAGCACAGACUGAAAUUGUAACUGACCGAAUGCAAAGGGCCAUUGCAAUGAAAUGUAACGGACACUUUACAUUCAGCAAGACCUGCUUUCAGUGUA